AUUCUCGCUUGCGUUUUCUCGUCGAUUUCCAUCGACUCCGCUCCUAAUCAACAGAGACGAACGAGUAAGAGAGAAAGAGAGAGAGAAAGGGGAGUCGAAAGGAAGAAGACGACGCCGUCGACGACGACGACGACGACGACGACGACGACGACGCCAUGGACAACAACCUCUCGCUGAUGUGGGAGAUCAUGGGCCCCGGCAUCGCCGGCGCCGUGUUCGGCGCCGGGUGGUGGUUCUGGGUCGACGCAGUCGUGUGUAGCGCCGUUAAGGUCUCCUUCCUCCACUACCUCCCGGGGAUCUUCGCCUCUCUCGCGGCGCUCAUGUUCAAUUGCGUCAGCAGGGACGAUGUUAGCUACGGUUCCUACUCCCCCUAUGAUGAUACGGAGUGGAGGGUGAAGCUUUGGCUCUUUGUGGCGUACGUUGUGUCUUUUGUCUCUUUAGCCGGGGCUGUGGGUUUAUUAAUACAGGAUGCACUAACAGACAAGGGUCCCUCUGUUUGGACUGGAGUUGCUGGCGUCCUGCAAUGCGUCUUUGUGCUAAUAAGUGGGUUGAUAUAUUGGACUUGCCAUUCUGAAGAUUGAAUUGAAGGGUUCUCUCUCGUUGCCAAAAUGGAAGUUUAAAGGUGAAUCCAUUAUAAACUUUGUCAGGGGCACAAAUGAAGUGAUCACUAUAGCGUGUGAUUUGUUUUAUCAUUUCGUUUCUUUAUGAGCGUGAAUAGCUGUUCUGUAAAUGAAAGAGGUGCCGUGUUGAUAACUUAGCAUGCAAAGUGCUUCUUUGAAACUCUAUCUUAACUCCAUUGUAGAUUAGCAGAUAGUUUCCGACAUAAUCGCCCUGUGUAUUUGUGGAUAUGAAGGAUUGCAAUGCUUUCACUUAAUUAUUGUUUUGGUUUUCGUAUUUUAUUUGAA